UGACUGGGUGUUUUCUUCCGGGUGCGUUUAGGAGACAAGCUGCUCGGGUAAGAAACAAAAACAAACAGGACUCGGGUUUCCGAACGUGGUUCAGCGGUAUCAGAAAAACAAACAAACAUACAACGACUUACACAGUCUGCUUUUAAAUUGUAGAGUUAAUUUCAUUUUUUUAAAUCAAGAAACGUGCGUUAUUUGGUUAGAGUGCUAAUACUAGCUGAAUAUAGUUGCUUUGUGUCUUGGCCCGGAGUGUUUUGAUUUACGUGAGUCACUCGACUGGAGACAUGAAACCUCACAGCCGAAAACACCCUCUGACUUCUGGACUAACUCUCCUCCUGCUGCUGGCUGUAACAUUAUGCCCGAGUUGGUCCAGCGAUGUGUCCUCCACCACUUCUGCUCCGACUCCCCCUUCACCUCCCAGUGUCCCUGAGAAAGGGUCCUACAAUGUCACCCACAACGGCACUGCAUGCUUGUUGGCCCGCAUGGGACUGCAGCUCAACGUUACUAUUGAGGGCAAGGCUUUUCCGGAUAUCAUAAACCUGCAGCCAAAUGUGACCAAUACCACUGGCACCUGUGAGGCCGACACUGCAACACUCAUACUCAUGGAAAAGGAUACAAACCUGACUUUCUCCUUCUUUUUGAAUUCUACAACUAAGAAGUAUCACCUUGGUGGACUGGCACUGUCCAUCAACCUGUCAGGCAUGGCUCGUUCCUUGGAAGUCAGUAACACUAGUCUUGACUACCUUCAGGGAACUUUGGGCUACUCUUACAUGUGCCGUCAAAAGCUGAUUUUGACCGUUGUGCAGAAUUUCUCCCUGAAUGUUUUUAAUCUACAGGUGCAGCCUUUUGGUGUCAGUGGAAAUAAAUUUGGAGCAGCUGAGGAGUGUCAACCGGAUAAAGAUGACCUGCUGAUCCCUAUCGCUGUGGGUGCUGCUCUUGCAGGCCUUGUAUUAGUUGUGCUCUUGGCCUACCUGGUUGGCAGGAAGAGAAGCCAUGCUGGCUACCAGACCAUCUAAACCUACUCGCGUAAGAUUUCAAGCCAGAAUAUGCAGCAGUCACUAACCAGUGGAUUCCAGUACAUUAAGCCCUACCCUCUGCUAUUGUUAUGCUGCCUUUAUGCCCAUUGCCUGAGGUGAUCCUAUUACUUCUGGACUUUAAGUUGUAUAAUAACUGGUAAGUAGUUUAUGAAUAUUUAAUCUUGCACCAUUCUGGGCAUUCUUUUUGGAGUGGGUGAUGCUUAACAUUUAAUGAAAUGCUUAGGUCUCAGAUAAAGCACAGACUAAUGGUAACACUGACCAGAAUAUGUCUGGUGUGUAUAUUGAAAGGCUAGAGUUAACUGAAAAAGUGGACCCCAGUGAGAGCCUCUGCUCUGUACAUGACAGUAAUUGAGCUCAGUAUUACAAGUUGGAGCAUGACAUAGGGAAACUAGCUGCUAUAAAUUUGUUUUACAUCACUAAUAAAAGGGAGUACUUAACACUUCCCGUGCCCCUGCAAUGAGUCAGACUGUAACUCAGGAUGGUAAGGAUGCUGGACUCAGAGCCACAAAAAAGUCAGACAUGGAAUUUAAAGUUGCAUUGUAGUCAGUUUAUACACUUGUUUUCCUUUUUUAAAGGUGUUGUAACAGUGUGAAAUUGCACAGGUAGCUUGAGUAAUUCAUACUGUAUGCCCAGUGAGAAGCAGCUAAAGUGAGAGGUGCAGUUAUGCAAAAUUGAUAAGGCUGCACUGAGACCUUUCUCUAUACCUCUGACCCCCUUAUACUCUAUUUGAAGGUGCUUCAUGCAAGAGUAAACUGGUACUUUUCUUUCCAAACUAUCAUUAUUUAUAAAACUGACGAAUAUAGUUAUAGCAUGGUGAGGUUCGUAUGAAAAGCACAGUGACUUUUUGAUAUGUAUUUGACAUGGUGGACUUAACAACGUUUCUAAUGAUUACCACACAGCACACGUGUUAUGCAAACUGUAAACCAUUGAGUGUUAACCAUCAACACUGCUUCCCCCACCCAGCAUGCUUUGGGUUUCAAGAAAUCAGUGGCCACUCAACUGGUAAAUGAGAAUUUCUUAACUAUUAAUAUUGCACCAAGUCCCAGUUUGAAAACAAUGUUGAAAUUGAUAAAUGUCAGACUGUGAAUGUUUGAUAUGAACUAGUAGUACAAUUUUGUGUGUGUGUGACGGCUUGAGGGAGUGAUGUAAUGAACUCUUGAAUACAGUGCACUGAACAUACAGUAUGUUAUCUGCUUCUGCGUUCAUGUUUUUAUUCGCAACUUGGCCUUAAUGUGAAACGCUUUGGAAUAAUGUGUUUGGAAUGAGAUGUUGCAAUCCAUAUCUCUCAGGUGUUGUAUAACAGUAGAGAUUAUGCACAUUUAUAAAUGCAAUGACAAAUAAAAGGGGAAAAAAAAGUG